AUGAAAACAGAGGAGACCCAAUCAUGUCUUCAGCAGCCUCCAGCCUCCACGCCAUUCGGUUCAGAACACAGGGGCGGAGGGGGCGAGGUGUGUGCGGGGUGUGAGUCGCCCAUUGCCGACCGCUUCCUGCUGCGUGUCAACGAGCGCUCGUGGCACGAGACCUGCGUCAAGUGUGCGGUGUGUCUGAGCGCACUCAGUGGGACAUGCUACUGCAGAGACCGUCUGCUCUAUUGCAAGCAUGACUACGAAAAGCUGUUUGUCAGGAAGUGCAGUGCGUGCCUGCAGGUGAUUGGCCGCUCAGAGCUGAUCAUGCGUGUGCUGGGGCAGGUGUACCACCUGGGCUGUUUCAGCUGCUGUGAGUGUGAGCGCCGGCUGCAGCGCGGAGACGAGUUUGUCCUGAAGGAGGGCCAGUUGCUCUGCAGAGGAGACUACGAGAAGGAGAGAGAGAUGCUGGCUGCCAUCAGCCCCACACCCACUGAGUCAGUGAAGAGUGAGGAUGAGGAUGGUGGGGGCGGUUCUGUAGGGGGGAAGGGCGGCGAAGGGAAGGACCACAAACGGUCAAAGCGACCACGCACCAUCUUGACCACACAGCAGCGCAGAGCUUUCAAGGCCUCCUUCGAGGUGUCCUCCAAACCUUGCAGAAAGGUGAGAGAGACACUGGCAGCUGAGACCGGGUUGACGGUUCGAGUCGUGCAGGUGUGGUUCCAAAACCAGAGAGCAAAGAUGAAGAAGAUAGCUCGCAGGCAGCAGCAACAGCAGCAGCAGCAGGAGCAGGAGCAGCUGGGAGGUGGUCAUGGAUUGGACGGUCUGUUGGCGUACCCUUCGUUGCCACGACAGCAGCUACUGGCUCUGGACCCCAACAUCUACGGAGGAGAGCCGUUCCGCCAUGGCCUCACACCUCCUCAGCUGAGCUCUGAACAUCUUCACUCCUACGAUUCAGAGACUGUGUUCCACGAUCUGGACAGCGACGGGAGCCUCAGUCACCUCGGCGACUGUCUUCUGGCAGCGGCGGACGGUGGGCUCCUGGCGGGGCGGGUGGGAAACCCCAUCGACCGCCUCUACUCCAUGCAGAACUCCUAUUUCACAUCCUGA